GCAGUACAAAGAGAAUAGUUAUAUAGAAAAGUUCCCAAGUCGGAGAAGCAAGCAAAUUCCAUAAAAUGAUUCAAAUAAUGAAUUGGUUUUCAAUGGUCAUAGGCCUCAUUCCACUGAACCGCCAGCAAUCGGAAACUAAUUUCAUACUCGACUACGCCAUGAUGUGCAUUGUGCCCGUCUUCUAUGUGGCCUGCUACCUUCUGAUAAAUCUUAGCCACCUUAUUGGCCUCUGUUUUCUGGACUCCUGCAACAGUGUGUGCAAGCUGAGCAGCCACCUCUUCAUGCAUUUGGGCGCUUUUCUAUAUCUGACCAUCACCCUGCUGAGUCUCUAUCGUCGCAAGGAGUUUUUCCUGCAGUUUGAUGCGAGACUGGGUGACAUUGAUGCCGUUAUCCAGAAAUGCCAGCGGGUGGCGGAAAUGGACAAGGUGAAGGUAACCGCGGUGAGGCACAGUGUCGCCUACCACUUCACCUGGCUUUUCCUGUUCUGCGUUUUCACCUUUGCCCUGUACUAUGACGUCAGAGCGUUGUACUUGACCUUCGGCAAUCUCGCCUUCAUCCCGUUCAUGGUGUCCAGUUUCCCGUACUUGGCCGGCAGCAUCAUUCAGGGCGAGUUCAUCUAUCACGUGUCGGUCAUCUCGCAGCGCUUCGAGCAGAUUAACAUGCUGCUGGAGAAGAUUAACCAGGAGGCGCGCCACCGCCACGCCCCCCUCACCGUGUUCGAUAUCGAGAGCGAGGGUAAAAAGGAGCGGAAGACCGUUACACCGAUUACGGUUACGGCCAUGGACGGCAGGACGACAUUUGGCAAUGAGCACAAGUUGGCCGGCGAAAUGAAACGCCAGGGGGGCCAGCAAAAGAACGAUGAGGACGAUUUGGACACCAGCAACGAUGAGGACGAGGAUGACUAUGAUUAUGACAACGCCACCAUCGCGGAAAAUACCGGAAACACAUCGGAAGCCAAUUUACCAGAUCUCUUCAAGCUGCAUGAUAAAAUCCUGGCGCUCAGCGUGAUCACAAACGGCGAGUUUGGACCACAGUGUGUACCCUAUAUGGCGGCCUGCUUUGUGGUGAGCAUCUUUGGCAUUUUCCUGGAGACCAAGGUCAACUUCAUAGUGGGCGGCAAGAGUCGUCUGCUGGAUUACAUGACCUAUCUGUAUGUGAUUUGGAGCUUCACCACCAUGGUAGUCGCUUACAUAGUGCUCCGACUUUGCUGCAAUGCCAAUAAUCACUCCAAGCAAUCCGCGAUGAUAGUCCACGAGAUUAUGCAGAAGAAACCGGCAUUCAUGUUGAGCAACGAUCUCUUCUACAACAAAAUGAAGUCUUUUACACUGCAAUUUCUGCACUGGGAGGGUUUCUUUCAAUUUAACGGCGUCGGCUUGUUUGCCCUGGACUACACAUUCAUUUUCUCGACUGUAAGUGCAGCCACAUCCUAUUUAAUUGUCUUGCUUCAGUUUGACAUGACUGCAAUUUUGCGCAACGAGGGGCUAAUGUCAUAAAAGGUCCAGUCGAACUCAAUUAAAUUGAGCUUUUUACAAAAAGUGCACUUGAAAAGGUCGGCAUGGAAACACUCUUAUUUAUUUGGCUUAAAAAUUAACCACUUAUUUCUUUGACUAUAAAUGUUAUCAUUAUGUGUAAAUAAAAUAAAG